CACGUCCCGGGCCUGGAGUCGAGGAGGGAAGCGCCGCCUCUCCUUGGGCCCCUUCUCUCCCCCUUUCCCCUCCCCGCGGGCUCCUGGCCUCGCCAGAUGCUGCGCAGCAAUCACCGAUUCCCCAUCACCAGUUCGAGUGGGUAAGGGUCCCCAUGAAGGCGCCGCCCGGCACCGCAGUGCGGGGGAGAGCAACCUUGGGGAUCCCGAUCUGGAUAGGCGCCAGCCUGGGUGGGGGCGGUCCCGGUGCUGGGGAAGGCGUCUGGCGGGGGAGCCUGAGCCCGGGCAGCGAAAGUGGGGAGGGGAGGAGGGGAGGCGAGGGCGGGCUGCGAGUCCAGAAGCUCCCGGGAGAGGGGCGGGGGGCGGCCCUUCUCCAGGAAUUUCCGGGGAUCGUGUUACAGCGUUCGCGGAGCCCGAGCGAAGUGGGACGCAGGGCCGGCAGCCCGACCCGGCCCCUUGCCCUCUCCUCUAGCGGCCUGCGGGCCUUGGCAACGCCGCCCCGGCCCACACUGACCCCGUGUGGCGGGGCCGCUCCGCGCCCCGGGCCGCUCUGUUAUGGUCCGGCAGCCUCAGCCCCGAGGUGACGUCGGGUCUCCGCGGCCUCGGGUUAUCGUGGGAACGGUCCGUCCCCGCGUUAUUGUAGGGGCUGCGCGGGCCCGGGCCCCCGCAGACGGCACUCCCCGCCCCCGACUGGCGGCCGAGGGGUCUCCUCGCCCCCGAGUGGUCUUCGGGACGCCCCGGGCCCGGGUGAUUGUAGGCUCGCCCCGGCCCCAGGUGAUUGUCUCAUCUCCGUGGCCUGCGGUGGUCGUAGGAUCUUCGAGACCGAGGGCUCCGGUAGGCUCCCCGUGGCCCCGAGUUGUAGUCGGGGCACCCCGGCCGCGGGUGAUCGUCGGGUCUCCACGGGCCCGCGUCGCUGGGGCAGGUCAGGCCUCGGCGACUUCUCGGGGCGCCCCCCAAGGCCGCAGGCAAGAUGAACAUUCUGGCGCCCGUGCGGAGGGACCGCGUCCUGGCGGAGCUGCCCCAGUGCUUGAGGAAGGAGGCCGCUUUGCACGUGCACAAAGACUUCCACCCUCGCGUCACCUCCGCCUGCCAGGAACACCGGACAGGCACCGUGGGAUUUAAGAUCUCCAAAGUCAUUGUGGUGGGGGACCUGUCGGUGGGGAAGACUUGCCUCAUCAAUAGGUUCUGCAAAGACACCUUUGAUAAGAAUUACAAGGCCACCAUCGGAGUGGACUUUGAGAUGGAACGGUUUGAGGUGCUUGGCGUCCCCUUCAGUUUGCAGCUUUGGGAUACGGCAGGACAGGAGAGGUUCAAAUGCAUUGCGUCCACCUACUACCGAGGAGCUCAAGCCAUCAUCAUUGUCUUCAACCUGAAUGAUGUGGCAUCCCUGGAACAUACCAAGCAAUGGCUAGCUGAUGCCCUCAAAGAGAACGACCCUUCCAGCGUGCUUCUCUUCCUUGUGGGUUCCAAGAAGGACCUGAGUACUCCUGCUCAGUAUGCGCUCAUGGAGAAGGAUGCCCUCAAGGUGGCCCAGGAGAUUAAGGCUGAGUAUUGGGCAGUCUCAUCUCUCACUAGUGAGAACGUCCGGGAAUUCUUCUUCCGUGUGGCGGCACUGACCUUUGAGGCCAACGUGCUGGCUGAGCUGGAGAAAUCAGGGGCCCGGCACAUUGGGGAUGUCGUCCGCAUCAACAGUGAUGACAGCAAUCUCUACCAAACUGCCAGCAAGAAGAAGCCUGUUUGUUGCCCAUAAGGGAUGAGGAAACUGUUCAGAGACUGCCCAGACCUGGGGCACUGUGCCAUCUUGAUUCUCCCAGAGCUUGACCCCUGGACAUUUGCACUGACCGUUUACCUAGACCAAAGAGCUGCCUCUUGGUGGCAGUAUCCCCAGAGGGGUUGCUGGGACCAUGCUAGUCACUUCCUGCCCCAAGCACCAUGCCAAAGACUGCAUGCCCCUAUUUCCUUUAGGGGCUCUCCAGGGUGCCCAGCGGUGGCGGCGGGGGGGUGUUUCUGCUGCUUUUGCUCAGUUUGCUGGACUCUUUGGGUAUGAGAUGCCUAAUGAUUCCAGCCUCACACUGUGCCUACUGCAUUAAAAUCUCUUUGUUAUUAGCA